UCUCUCACUCCAGUCCAUUCACAUGCCCCACCCAAAUCAGAACCUGGGCCCAAAACACUCUGAACUCCAUUGUUGUGAACACUGCAUCAUCGUCACUCUCACCUCAAACUUAUUUUCAACCUAAGAAGUUGUACUGUUUUUCAAGAGUUGUUGAACAGAACUCUACAUUGUGCAUUGUUUUCUUUGCUUGUUUUCUGAAACAAGAUGGCAAGAAAGAAGCUCAAAAGAAGAAAGGAAGAGAUUGCGGAGGAUUGGUGUUUUGUGUGCAAGGAUGGAGGGCUCUUGAGGGUGUGUGAUUAUGGGGAUUGCCUUAAAGCUUAUCAUCCUCGUUGCGUGGGAUACGAUGAUACUUUUUUGGAGGAUGACAGUUAUUGGACUUGUGGUUCACAUUUUUGUGACCGUUGCCGUAAAACAUCUCAGUUUAGGUGCUUAUGCUGCCCAAGUGCUGUUUGUGGGAAGUGCAUCUAUUUUGGUGAAUUUGCCAUUAUCAAAGGGAAGAAAGGAGUUUGCAGACACUGCUCAAAACUUGCGUUUCUAAUUGAAGGAAAUGCCGAUGUUGAUUCUGAUGGUGGAAAUAUAGAUUUCAAAGAUCGAGAGACAUAUGAAUGCUUAUUUGCAGAAUAUUAUGAAAUUAUAAAAAAAGAAGAAGGGCUGAAUUCUCAACAUGUACACUCUGCCCGUAACUUCUUGAAGAAUAGCAAAAACAAGAGUGAGUUGGAUCUAGAUGAAAUAGCUGAAGAGGAAGAUGAUAGUGGAGAAUCUGAAGAUGGAAGUGACUUUGAAGUUUCUGAUUGUGAUGACCUGAAUGUCAGAGAUGGAGUUAAAUCAGCGAGGGAAAAGAAGCACACAGAAAAGCUGAAGUCAAUAAAAGGAGAUAAGAAAAAAGAGUUUAUUGGAUGGGGUUCAAGAAAUCUCAUCGACUUUCUUAAAUAUACUGGUAGAGACACGAGCAGAGAAUUAUCUGAAUGUGACGUUGCUUUGAUCAUUACUGAGUACUGCAAAGAAAACAAGCUUUUUGACCCCCAGAAAAAAAGAAAUAUAAUUUGUGAUCAACAACUAAGAUCUUUACUGGGGAGGAGAUCAGUGAAUAGAAAUAACAUUCAAAACCUUUUGGCUCCACAUUUUGCAGAGAAUUUUAAGGAAAUGGAUGAUGUCACUAGUAGUUCAGAAGAUAGGGAUGAUAAUGAGCCAUUCGUAAUAUCGACGCGGAGAAAAUUGAUCUCAAGUACCAAACCUUGUCAGAACAUAGUUUCUAAAAAGACUCAGAGCUUCUUUGCAGCCAUAAUUAGUUCAAACCUCAAGCUUGUGUACUUGAAGAGGAGCUUACUGGAGGAGCUUUUGAAGCAACCAGAUACUUUUGACAGCAAAGUGUUUGGAAGUUUUGUAAGAAUUAAGUCUGACCCGAAUGACUACUUACAGAAGAAUUCACAUCUGCUCCUACCAGUAGUAGGAAUAAACAGAUCUUCAAAGAAUGAUGAAAACAACAAAGAAAUUCUGCUCAAACUUUCUCAUGUGCCAAAAGGUGUACCUAUCUGCAAAAUUUCAGACGAUGAUUUUACUGAGGAAGAGUGUCAAGAUCUGUAUCAGAGAAUGAGAAGUGGUCUACUCAAACAGCCAACUAUACUGGAGCUUGAGCAGAAAGCUAGAUGUCUGCAUGAAGACAUAAUAAAGCAUUGGAUUCCAAGAGAGUUAGCAUUGUUACAGAAUCGCAUUGACCAGGCCAAUGAAAAGGGACGGAGGAGGGAACUUUCUGAGUACUUGGACAGAAAACUGAAGCUUGAGACUCCAUUGGAACAAUCACUUUUGUUAAGUAAUAUUCCAAAAGUAAUUCCUGAAAUAGUUGAUACCAAUCCAUCACCGGAGGGUUCACCAAGUAAAGAUAAGCUUGAGCAAAAUGGUUUGCCAGAAUUAGCCAUUGGAGAGACUUGUGACUCUGAUGGAUGCUACUCCAAACACAAUGGUUUUGCUCGAUGUCUAAAUAAAAGAACAGAUGUUGCGGAUUUGCCAGGUUUUCUUGCCUUUGAGAAUGAUAUGGAUCCUUCUGACUUGAUGACCCAAAUCCUUGCAAUUCAGGAGCAACAAAAACAUAAAGUUAGUCAAGAUGCCGAGCAAGCCAAGGAUCAAGAAAACGACCCGACCACCCUUGUUGCUGAUGGAAUUGGCAAGCAACAUGGAGCUCCUGAUUUUGGAGUUGCUGAUAAUUCUAAGGCCAGAAUUGGUUUCACUUCUGAUCACAACAUUCUUGUAGGUUCCUCAACAGUCCCUGAUCCGACUGUAAUUGAUGACAGGAAAAGGAAAAAUCCAAGUAAAACAGAGCCAGUGAAGAAAAAGAAGACUAAAGCUGAGAUAGAGGAAGAGAAAAAAGAGAUGCAAGCUCAUGAGAAGAUUCGUCUUUGGGAUCCUGAAUUCCUAAAGACUCCCAUUGACUUCAAAGAUGUUGACGAUGGUCAGCUUGAUUCCUUAAGCAUCCAGGAAAUCAUUGAUUUAACGGUCAAACAAAGUUUAAGGACUGCAUCUGUUGCUCGAUCCUUGGGUUCGGUUGUCAUUCCUUACUAUGAGGAAACAAUAAUGAAACACACCCAAGCAGCAGAAAUGAGUAAAAAUGGUAUCAUAAGAUUAAGUACCAAGCUUACUGAUGCCGAGCAAGAGAGAGAUAAGCUGGCAGAGAAGGUGAAAACUCUCAUUUCAAAAAUGGGAACUCUUGAAGAAGAUGUUCUCAGCUUAAAGACUAAGUGUUCUUAUGCUGAAGCUUCUGCUACCUCUGCCGCUGCCUCUUUUGAAGAGAAGAAGAAAGAAGUUGAAAACCUCCAAAAAAAGAUUAAGAUGGAUGAAGAUAAGAUCAAUUCUUUGAUGACCGAGAAAGAAAAUUUCUUUAAGCUCCUUGAAGAUGAGCAAAAAAAGAAUAAGAGUGCUGAAAAAUCUCUUGAGUCAAAGAAGAAAGAAGUUGAAAACCUCACAUCUUUACUUCUUAGGGCGGCCAAAGGAGCUUUUGACAAUGCAGUCAAUCAGCUGACAAUUCUUAAUCCCGGACUCAAGAUUGAAGGAGCUGCUUCUGAUAGGGUUGCUCGGGAAGGGAAAAUUUGUAAUGUUAAGGAAGGAAAAUGUAUUCCUUGCCCGGAUGUUCAUCCUCCUGAGUAAUUUAAUUUCCUGUUUCUCUUAGUAAUGACUAUUUAGACCUGAUAUGGUCUUCCUUUGAGAAUAUCUUGAAUUAAUGAAGUUUUCAUUUCAUCUUGAA